CCGGGGAGAGGGGACAUGGAUUGGCUUGUAAGCAAAGAGGAGAGGAGUGAUGGUGGUGGUGGUGGUGGACCGGUGGUGGUGCGGUGUGAAAUUAUUCCAACAAUUAUUACCGUGUAGAUGGUUUUGUUUUGGCUGCUUCGGGGAGGGAGAGAAAAAGACGAGAGAGGGGCUUGGUUUGAUCAUAAUGGAGGGGCUGCAUUUGGCCGUGAGUUGACGUUCCUCUGAAGCGAUUUCUCCCACUUCCAAUCAAGCUCUACAGGGAUUGCUCCUCCUCCGCCCUCACAAGUCGUAAUGGCGGAGAUUCGUUGGCCUUGCUUCUGCUUGCUGCUUCUUCGAUGUCUUCUUCUUGUUGCAGUAACAGCUGAUACAUAUCCUGAAGACGCUGCUGCACUAACUUCCCUUAUGAACAUCUGGCGAAAUACACCACCAAGCUGGAAAAGGGGAGACCCUUGCGAUGCACCAUGGGAGGGCGUCGGCUGCACUGGUUCUAGGGUGACUAGCUUGAAAUUAUCAUCCAUGGGUCUUGAAGGUAAUGAUAUUAGUGACAUCGGAUCGCUCACCGAGUUGCAGGUGUUGGAUUUAUCAUCCAAUCGUGGGCUGACGGGUCCAAUCCCAUCGGGUAUAGGAAACCUGGUGAAACUAACUAUCCUAAUUCUGGCAGUUUGCAAUUUUACGGGUCCUAUGCCCCAAGAAUUGGGGAAUCUGGAAAAACUAACGUUCCUGGCUCUGAAUAACAACAAGCUUACUGGCCAAAUACCUCCCUCCUUUGGUAAAUUGUCGAACGUAUAUUGGCUUGAUUUCGCAGACAACAUGUUAAGUGGGACCCUUCCGAUCUCAUCUGGCAAUACACCCGGUCUCGACAUGCUUCUUAAAACAAAGCACUUCCAUUUUAACAGGAACCAACUAUCGGGUACUGUUCCAGAAAGCCUCUUUCGUUCAGACAUGAUACUUAUACACGUACUGUUUGACGGAAACAAAUUUUCUGGACCAAUACCUUCUACCAUCGGACUUGUACAAACACUUGAGGUCCUCCGACUUGAUAGGAAUUCCUUUAGUGGUACAGUGCCGUCCCUCAGCAACCUUACAAAAAUCAACGAACUGAAUUUGGCAGCCAAUCAAUUGACAGGCCCUCUGCCCAAUUUAACGGCAAUGAAAAGCCUCAACUAUGUGGACUUGAGCAACAACUCGUUUGAUGCAUCCGUAGCUCCAUCUUGGUUCACAACAAUACAGUCUCUAACGACACUAGUUCUAGAAUCUGGAAAACUGGAAGGAGAGGUACCGCCGGGCUUGUUCAGUCUAGCUUCUCUUCAAAGAGUGCGAUUGAAGAGGAACCAAUUCAAUGGCACGUUCAGUAUGGGAACCAGCAUUUCUACACAAUUACAAUACGUAGACCUCGAAUACAACCAAAUCUCCGAUGCCACAAUUGGGGACAGCAACAAGAAUGUCACGCUGAUGCUUGCUGGAAAUCCCAUUUGUACAUCCCAGCCAAGCCUCCGAAUCUGCAAGCCGACUCUAGAAGAUGCAAAACCGUACUCAACCAGCUUAGCAAACUGCAGCAAUGUACAAUGUGUAACACCCCAGAUGCUUAACCCCAGCAGUUGUGAAUGUGCAUACCCAUACCAGGGAGUUAUGCAUUUUAGGGCAAUCCAUUUCUCAGACUUGUCCAACGCCACCGCAUUUCAAGCUCUAGAACAAAUGCUUUGGAAAAAGCUAGAUUUGGUACCUGGUUCAGUGUUUGUCCAGAACCCGUUCUUUGAUGAAAGCGACUAUGUGCAACUCCGCAUAGCUCUUUUCCCAUCAGCUGGGAUGUAUUUAACCAGGACACAAGUCUACACGUUUGGUUUCGAGCUGACUAACCAAACAUUCAAGCCACCUCCCGAAUUUGGACCAUAUUACUUCGAGGCCUUCCCAUAUCACUUCCCAGAUGAAAAUGGUGGCAAAUCUCUUCCUAUUACUGUCGUCAUUGGCAUAGCAGUUGGCUGCUCAGUUUUGGUUCUUGCGCUUCUAGCUCUUGGUGUAUAUGCCAUCCGACAAAAGAGGCGGGCGAAAAGGGCUAUGGCUGGAAGCAGGCCUUUUGCGUCUUGGGGAGCGACCAGUGGUAAAGACAGUGGGGAUGCACCGCAGUUGAAAGGAGCUCGGUGGUUUUCAUAUGAUGAAGUCAAGAAGUGCACAGACAAUUUCUCAGCAAGAAACGAGAUAGGAUCCGGAGGCUAUGGCAAGGUCUAUAGGGGGAUCUUGCCAACUGGUCAGAUGGUAGCGAUCAAGAGGGCUAUGCAGGGUUCCAUGCAAGGUGGGGUCGAGUUCAAGACAGAAAUUGAGCUACUGUCCAGAGUUCAUCACAAAAAUCUUGUUGGACUUGUCGGCUUUUGUUUUGACCGUGGUGAACAGAUGCUAGUCUAUGAAUUUGUUCCAAACGGAUCACUUAAAGAUAGCUUGUCCGGCAAGAGUGGCAUUCAUCUUGACUGGAAGAGGAGACUUCGUGUUUCAUUGGGUUCUGCUAGAGGAUUGGCUUAUCUGCAUGAACUUGCCAAUCCUCCGAUAAUCCACAGAGAUGUUAAAUCUACAAAUAUUCUUCUGGAUGAAAGUUUAGUAGCCAAAGUUGCAGAUUUCGGCCUCUCCAAACUUGUAGCUGAUACUGCAAAGGGACAUGUUUCGACUCAAGUUAAAGGGACUCUGGGUUACUUAGAUCCGGAGUACUACAUGACCCAGCAGCUGACAGAAAAGAGCGAUGUUUAUAGCUUUGGUGUGGUUAUGCUUGAACUGGUAACAGCUAAAGCACCAAUUGAAAGAGGCAAGUACAUCGUCAGGGAGGUGAGAUUGGCAAUUGACAAGAGAAAAGAACCAUGCGGCCUGGGGGAGUUGCUGGAUCCGGCCAUCAGGACCCCUCACGGGGUCGCCCUUGCAGGCUUCGAGAAGUUCGUGGACUUGGCGAUGCGUUGCGUAGAGGAAUCUGCAUCAGAUCGUCCCACCAUGGGGGAAAUCGUCAAGGAGAUUGAAACAAUAUUGCAGAACGAAGGAGUGAACACCAACCCCGCGUCGGCAUCCUCAUCUGCUAAUGAUUUUGGAACAUGCAAGGCCGCUCCGCCUCGCCAUCCCUACAAUGAUCCCAUGCCUGCAGGCAAGGAGCACCAACAGUGCAGUGAUGAGUUCAGUUAUAGCAGUGGCUACACAGUCUCAACCAACAUUGAACCCAAAUAGCAUGCACCCCUGCAUGUUCGGUACAUGCGCCAACAAAUUAUCACCCAUUACUACUCCUCUGUAACAUACGUACUGAACUCUUGUCCCACAAUUGUGGUUUUGAGCUGAAGAACUCCGGUAGGUUUUCUAUGUGUGAAGUGUAUUUAUUAUUAUUCCAAGUGUGUCUUGCCUGCAGUGCCGUCUACUGAUGCUACAAUGUCCUGCGUCUCUUUCGUCAUCUGCACUGGAGUGGUGAUCUAAAUAUGUUAAGAUGGAUCACACGAAGGGGAAAGAACAGACAGUGUAUUUCACAUUUGUAUGAGUUAUAGCAAGGAGAAGGAUAGACUUUAUGUUUGCCAAUAUCCUCUCCAUCUGAUAAUAGAAUAUACAACAAAA